AUGCUCGAUGCGGCGGAAGCAAUCAUCACCGAGAAAGGUUUCGAAGGCGCGACAGUGGCUGAAAUCGUUCGCCGCGCCGAGACUUCCGUCGGGGCGUUUUACAAUCGCUUCGGCGAGAAAGAGGCUUUGCUGAGUUGCCUGCACGAGCGAUUCACGAACGAAGCCAUCGCCACCACCGACGCGGUGCUCGACCCCGAGCGGUGGGAAGAUAGUUCCAUUGCAGAAAUCCUUAGCGAAACGAUUCCCUUCCUGGUCGAGGUCUACCGUGAGAAGACUGGCCUCAUCCGCGCGUUCAUCGCGCGCGGCUGUACCGACGACGAAUUCUGUAAGCGUUGGGUUCCGCUGAACGAACACUUGGUGAGUCGGCUCCGCGAGUUGAUCUUGGCUCGUCGCGAAGACAUCACACAUCCCGAACCUUCACUGGCUAUUCGUGUCGGCUUGCAGAUGGUGCUUAGCACCCUCGACCGGCUCAGCCUGUUUCGCGUGAGCGAGACUGAGAUCCUUGAAUUAAGCGACGCCCGACUCUCGGGCGAACUCGUGCGCCAAAGCCUCAGAGGAACUGCGAUGCGAAACGUUUUCUUCACCUUACUUGCUUUGGCCGUGGCCCUGCCCGUGGCUGCGGCGGAGAUCGAUCCGGCCGACUCGAUUGGUCAGCAAAUCGACGGCUUUACCCUGCAAGACUUCCGUGGUCGUGAACACACGUUGGAUGAGUACGCAGACAGCCCCUGCAUUGUCGUGGCGUUCAUGGGCAUCGAGUGCCCACUGGCGAAACUCUAUGGCUCGCGACUGCAGGAACUGGCCGACGAGUUCGCCGACAAGAAUGUGGUCUUCCUUGGCGUCGACUCGAAUCGCCAGGACUCGAUCACCGAGUUGGCUCACUUCGCCCGCACGUACGGGGUUGAAUUCCCACUGCUGAAAGACACCGGCAACGUUGUGGCCGACCAGUUCGACGCCGAGCGCACCCCCGAGGUGUUCCUGCUCGACCAAGACCGCGUGAUUCGCUACCGCGGCCGUGUCGACGAUCAAUACGGACUCGGUUCCAGCACCGGCUACGCCAAAACUGAUGUGCGACGCCGCUUCCUGGCCGAAGCCAUCGAAGCCGUGCUAGCCGGCGACACCGUCGAACCCACCACCACCGAAGCCCCCGGCUGUUUGAUCGGGCGAAUUCGCGAAGCCAACCCAGAUAGCGAGAUCACGUACGCCAAUCAGAUUUCCCGCAUUCUGCAGGUGCACUGCGUGGAGUGCCAUCGUGAGGGGCAAAUCGCACCCUUCUCGCUGACCGACUACGACGAAGUGGUGGGUUGGGCCGAAAUGAUCGAAGAAGUUGUCCGCGAGCAGCGCAUGCCGCCGUGGCAUGCCGACCCCAAAUACGGGCACUUCCUUAACGACCGCAGCAUGACCAGCGAAGAGAAGGAAACGCUUUACACAUGGGUUCGCAACGGUGCCCCCCAAGGCGACCUGGCCAACUUGCCCGAGCCGAUGGAAUAUCCCGAAGGCUGGCAGAUGGGCGAGCCGGAUGAAGUGUUCGCCAUGAGCGACGAGCCAUUCACGGUUCCGGCCGAUGGCGCGAUCGACUACCAAUACUUCACGGUCGAUCCCGGCUGGGAAGAAGACCGCUGGAUGUGCGGCUCGGAAUGCCUGAUCGACAACCGCGCGGUGGUGCAUCACAUCUUCGUGUUCGCGUUGCCACCCGGGGCGCCUGUCCCGGAUUUCCGUGCUGCGGAAGAAGGUCGCAACUCGGCAGAAUUCAACCCCGGUAGCGGAGGCAUCGAACUCAUCGCCGGUGCAGCCCCGGGCACGCCCCCUUGGAACUUCGCCGAAGGUAUGGCCACGCACCUGAAGGCCGGCACAAAACUUAUCUUCCAAAUGCACUACACGCCCAACGGGCAAGAAACCACCGACUGCACUUCGGUCGGCUUCAAGUUCUGCGACGCCUCAAAAGUGAAGCAUGACGUGAAGAUGAGCAUGGCCAUCAACUUUGGCUUUAAGAUUCCCGCCGGUGAGAACAAUCACCCGGUCGAGGCCAGCAAGACCUUCCACAAGGACACCCUGCUGCUCACCUUCGCCCCUCACAUGCACCUGCGUGGCAAGGCGUUCCGCUACGACCUUCGUUAUCCCGACGGCCGUGUGGAAACGCUACUCGAUGUGCCGCAGUACGAUUUCAACUGGCAAACCAUUUACAUGCUGGCCGAACCGAAGUUGGCUCCCGCCGGCUCGCAACUGUAUUGCCUGGCCCACUUCGACAACUCGGAAGACAACUUGGCCAACCCCGAUCCCACUUCCGAAGUAACGUGGGGUGAUCAAACGUGGGAAGAAAUGAUGAUCGGCUGGUACUCCGAGUCGGACGAUGUGAACCCGGCCGACUUCGAUGAGAAUGCAAAGACCCGCACCGAGCGGUUCGUUGCUGAGGCCGAGCAAGAUCCUCCCCGCAUUACAGGCUUGGCCCGCCGUGCAGCCGAGGACUUCUUAGAGUCGCAAGAAGAUGCCGACAAGUUCUUGCACCGAGUUGCGCGAAUCGUGCCCCAAGUCGAUCGCAUUUGCGUCAGCGUUGUCGACGGCGACACUUUGCGAGUGGUGCAAGUCGCACAGCCGGUGGUGCUCGACUACCCGUUAGGCCGUACUGAACGUGAGUACGAAGUCGGCGAAUCCACAUUAGCCGGCAUCGCCACAAACGGAGAGAGUAUUGGCUUCGAAACAGUCGCGAAUGCCGACGGAGCCGAUCUCAAGGCCAUGGCCUCGGCCGCAGGAAGUAGUUACCACGCUCCCAUCACCAUCGACGGCAAACCGGCCGUGGUGAGUUUCUGGAGCAAGGAAACCGCAGCCUUCCCGCUGCCCGCCGUGAAAGUCUUGCAGCCGCUGGCUGAAAAGGUCGGAACGGCGAAGUAG